AUGGUGCUGCUUAUCGAACACCACCAGCCACCGUCGUUUCGUUAUUUUUCACACUGGCCACAUGGGGCGGAAGUAAAACGGGGCAUAGGAUCCUUAGCAGGAUCUCACCCUGGGGAAACCUUGAACGAUAUUCCUCCGUCUUUAAAUUUUCUUUUUUCUUCAUCUUCUGUGAUGCUAGAGAUGAGUAGAUCUCUUCAUGAUGGAUUUUCUUUCUUCAACGAUGCUACUGGUAAUUAUAAUUAUUUGGAAUACAUAGGAGCGUUUCAAUUGAUAUUUAUUACAAAGAAGAAUUUAUUUAUAGUUUAUCCAAUUUUCAGGAACUAUUUAAUAUUCUAUUGUAGAGCUUCACGGACCACUGCGAACAACGCUGGUUUCCGGUUACGGCACUGUCAUCGAUAUUCAUCCGGAGCAUACACCUGUGCCCUGAUUGCGGAAUUACGAUCGACAAUAAUGCAAUUUUCGGUAGGAAACAGGCGAAAUUGCUUCCCUCCACCGAAGUUAAAUAGAAAACUAGGCAGAAGAAGAACUCCAUGAAAAUCUAUGGAACAUCUCUCGUUACAAAACAUCGG